UCUGUCUCUUUAAAGGCAAACAGGUCCUCCACUGGCCCCACCCAACCUCAGCUUCCUGGGUCAGCGCUUUCAGGGCUGCUAACUCUCUCCUCACAGUUAAAGCACAAGCAGCAGCUAAAAGAGCUUCAUUGGAGAAGACCCGGGAACUCCUCAGUGGGUUGAAGGGAAGGGUCUUGCAGGAACCUGCACCCAGAGCCUCUUGAACCAGCAUGGCCGGCCUUCAGGAUAACAUUCUGCGGAUCGUUCUGGUGGGAAAAACCGGAAGUGGGAAAAGUGCAACAGCAAACACCAUCCUUGGGAAAAAAGCAUUUGACUCUAGAAUUGCUGCUGUGUCUGUUACCAAGAGCUGUCAGAAAGAUGAGAGGGCCUGGGAGGGGAGGAAGCUUCUCGUGGUGGACACCCCAGGGCUCUUUGACACCAAGGAGAAACUGAAGACCACCUGUGAGGAAAUCGCUAAAUGUGUCAUCCUCUCCAGCCCCGGGCCUCACGCCAUCAUCCUCGUUGUACCUCUGGGCCGCUUCACGACAGAGGAGCACAACACAGUGGAAUUGAUCAAGGCCAUCUUUGGGAAGCAGGCCAUGAAGCACAUGGUGGUCUUGUUCACUGGCAAAGAUGCAUUGGAUGGUCAGGAGCUCAUUUCGUUUAUAGCAAAGUCAGACAAGCCCCUAGAAACUGUUAUCAAGGAGUGUGAGUUACACUGCUGUGCCUUCAACAACAGAAGUACAGACGAGGAUGAGAAGGAAGAUCAAGUGCAGGAGCUGGUGGGGCUGAUCGAGGCAGUGGUGCAGGAGAACGGAGGGGCUCACUUUUCUGAUUCCAUAUACAAGGACACAGCAGAAAAGCAGAGACGUCUGGAAGAGGCCUUGAAGAAAAUCUCUGCUACUUGUUCAGAAAACAAAAAACUACUGGAAGAGAAAUAUGCUAAGAAUGAAAUAACAAAGCAAGAAAAGGAGAAACAAAUGAAAGUCCUAGAUAAGCAACUUGUUCAAAAAAUUGAAAAUGCCAAGAAAGAAGCUGAAAAAAACAUAUUUGCAGCUGUUUUCGAUCGGAUUUUGAGUGUGCUUUCAAAUGUGUGGCAUAUGUUUUGGAAAUAAUACAAAUUCAUUUGGAUUUUUGGUUAAUUUACUAUGAUUUGUCAAUGUGGUAGAUUGUAUUUUCCAAAGAUGGCUAUAAAGAUAUCCACUACCCCAGCUCUGCUUCUUGUACUCUGCUCUGUUGCUCCUUCUGUUUGGUGAUGGGGACUGUGUCCCCUCCUUGAAAUUCCGUGGACUCUGUGACUGCUUUGAUGCGUAGUGGCUG